CCAUUAAAACUGAAGAAGAAAUUACGGAAACACAUGGUAACCAGUUGGAAAUGUGUUUGACUAUAACAGCAUCUGGAUAUUUACGGUUUUAGUCUAAAACACCGUCGUUGAAUCGUGUAGUUUGGUUUUCUGUGCAUCGACCUAUUUGGUCAUUAAUUCACUUCAAUCAUGGUUCGAGCGAAAAGGGGUAAACAGGUCCAGAGGCCAAAAAGGACAGAGCGAUAUGAUGAUGAUGAUCCUGAAGCCUACAAGAACAUGCCUGUCCCUGAUAAGAAAUCUUCACAGUACUCAAAAGACAAAAUCGAUGAGUUUCACGAUGAGAAGAUUGCGAAACUUCUUGCCCGUGGAGUUCAAAUGGAGAGCGACCCAGAGGAACUGGAUGAUGAGGAGGAAGUGAUGGCGCUGGAUGAUUCUGAGUCAGAAGAGGAGGAGGAGGAAGAAGAGGAGGAGGAGGAGGCAGACAUGGAGAGUGAUCUAGAGGGGCAAAAAGAAGAAGAGCUUCCUAAUGAAAUGGCCUGGGGCACCAAGAAGAAGAUGUUCUAUGACUCUGAUUAUGUGGCUGCCAAAGGGAAAACAAAAGAAGAGCUGGAAGCAGAGGAAGAAGAGGAGGAAGAAGAGGCAAAAAAUAUCCAAAAACGUUUAGCUGAAAAUCUGAGCGAGGAGGAUUAUGAUUUAAACCUUUUCCAGGAAUUCGCUGUGGAGGAGAAGGAAGAAAAAAAGACUGCAGAAAAAGAGGAGAGGAUCACGAAAGACCUGAAGCAGAUGUCCCAGAAGGAAAAACUGAAACUUCUGAAGAAGGAAUCACCAGAGUUUCUUGAACUCAUUCAGGACUUCAAGGCAAAGCUUGCAGAGAUGAAGAAUGAGCUGCAGCCCCUUGUGCAGAUGGUCAAAGAUGGAAAGAUCCCACCAGGAAAGGGUGCUGACUACCUCAAGACAAAACAGCAACUUUAUCUCAAUUACUGCACAAACAUCAGCUUCUACUUGGUGCUGAAAGCAAAACGAAUCCCUGUUCACAACCAUCCUGUGAUUGAAAGACUGCUCACCUUCAGAAAUCUCAUCAAUGAACUAGGUGCAGUUGAUGCCCGCCUUGCACCACAGUUUCGUAAGCUACUAGCUGGUGAGGAGACAGAUAAGGCCACCAGCAGACCAGCAGAGAGCAAGAAGGUCGGAGUCUCCAGUAAGAAGGACAUGGAUUCUGGUGAACCGGUGCCUGAGAUUGAGGAGGAUUCAGACUCUGAGCUGGAUGAGGAAGCAGCUUUGCGUUUCUACAAAGGAGUGGAAGAGAGGUUGAAAUUGAAGAGGAAGACCAACGACCCAGAAGCUGAAUGGUUGGAGGAGGAUGAGCCGGAUCCAGAUGCUAAGAGAGGCAUCACUUACCAGAUGGCCAAGAACAAGGGGCUCACACCAAAGAGGAAGAAAAUUGACCGUAAUCCCAGAGUCAAGCACAGAGAGAAGUUCAGACGUGCCAAGAUCCGCAGAAAGGGACAGGUCCGUGAAGUUCGGCGGGAGGAGACGAGAUACAGUGGAGAGCUGUCUGGUAUUCGUGCUGGAGUCAAGAAGAGCGUCAAACUUAAGUAACCAAAAGAAAAUU